AUGCCCUCACUCCGCCUCCGCCCCGCCCCAACGCCCUCCUCCUCGUCCACCUCGUCAUCCUUACAUCGCUCCAAAUCGCCUAAAAGCGUCGAUGUCGCCUCGGCGAACACUACUAGCGCAUCUCGCAGAAACAGAAACUCGCCGGAGUCUUCGUUUCCGGUGCCCCGGUCUCCUUUCGGCGCGUGGACCGGCCCACCCAAAACGCCGCUGACACCGCACUUUGCCCGCAAGCUACCUACGCGAGUCAUCACGCUCCUGGGCCUCGCCGUCAUCCUCCUCCUCUGCUGCCUCCUCUUCGCCGCCGUGUGGGACAUACGUGGAAGCUGGAUCCCAGGCUUAAGUCGACCACUACUACUUACACCAAGUUCAACAACGGCAUAUAUUCAACAUGCCGUGAGCAGAGCCACCAGUGAUCGGGGCCGGCACUGGAGUGGUGAAGCCAAUGCACCGCCAAGGCAAGACAGCUCCUACACCGUCCGACCGCCAGAACCCUUUGUGCCGCAGUUCCCAUCUAUUGCGCUCCCUGUGCGCGAUGACCCAGCUUUCCAGGAUCCUGGAGAGCCUGGGCACGAGGCGUGGCUGCGUAUGCUGCCAGCGGGCAAUGGACUGGUACAGGUACGAUAUCCGAGUCAGUACGGGUUGCCGAGAUCGGAGAAGCAGACGGAUGGGUAUGGCCGGGAAGUAGCAGAUGUGGAGGUGUACGAAGUGGCCGUGGUGAGGGAGCUGGAGUGUCUGCUGGUGGUCAGAGAGCUGCUGGGUAGGUAUGAGGAGCUGGGGAAGGGAUAUCACGGGCAAGGCGGGGGAAAGCAGGGCGAGGUUGUGCAGGACUGGGAGCGUGUGGAUGCGUUGAGGUGUUUGGAUCAUUUGAGGCAAUCAAUUCUUUGCCAUGCAGACACAACGCUGGAGCGCGUAGGACAGCAUGCACAGAGGGCAAGCAGAGAUCAUGGACAAGACGACACUCCUGUGCCAGACCUUGACAGCAGUAGUGGAACGACGCGAGUGUGCAAAGAUUGGUCCAAGAUCAAGCACUGGUUGGAGGAACACCGCGCCGACAAGAAGCACUGA